AUGACGGCAUCUCAGUCAGAAGCAGUGGCUAACGCCAUAUCUGCCUUUGCAUCGAAGAUCUAUAUUUCACAGCCGGCCAAAUCAGUUAACUCCAAGAUUUCUGCAUUUCUGGAGCCUACGGCAACUUUUCAAGACUCUAAUGAUCCUCUUCUGGUGAUUUCAGACUUGAUCUCCGAGUCCGAUGUCACGGCCAUCUCCUUAUCUCCCCAGGCCCUGAUUCAGGGUCUGCCAUAUCUAUCAUCUCUCAAGGAAAGGCCGGUGGUGAUUCACGUCGAGCUCCAGGAUGGAAACUUCUCCAUCGUUUCUGCAUUGAAAGACUCUGGCUUGCCAAUUGUUUUGUCUUAUACCGCUCAGGACUCCCAAGAUGUUGCUAUUGCAGCCUAUGCCUUGGCCAAAUCGGGCAAAGCCAUCCUUCACUUCUACAGUCCCUCAGAUGACAAGACCAAGCUGAUAGCUGCUUCGAGAAUCUCAAGCAUUGGUGCUGUCGAUACCUUGGAAGAGGCUUUCAAGGUUGUCAAGGCUUUGACAUGGACGUCUUACUCCAAGUUCGAGUACUCUGGUCCUUCCAAAGCUGAAACUGCAUUCGUUGUUCUCGGCGGAGCGGGAGCUUACCUCGCAAAGCCUGCAAAUGCUCAAGGUGCUGGUAUUAUCAAGGUGAGAAGCUACCAACCCUUUGACACAGACUCUUUGAUUUCUGUUUUGCCAAAGAACGUCAAGAAACUCUUGGUGUUGGAGCAGUCACAUGAAUUGUCCUCCAACUUCCAGAGCUUCAUGUUGGAUUUUUUCCGUGACUUCAACAAGCUGAUUGAUUUUGGUAUCGAGAUAAUAGUGUCAUCUAAGCUGCUGAAAGUAUCGCACGAAAAUUCCAAAUCUAUUGUGGAAACUUUGUUGACCAACGCCAACCUUGCUAAGCCAGUUCAAAACCUGACCUUGGGUGCGAACUUUGAAUCCGAUUUUGAGGAACUAAAAACUCUUCAGCAGGCUAAGCAGAGUGCUGUCAAAUUGGAGGAUGCCUACAUGAAGAUCCUGAACCAAGUGUAUGGUUCGAAUCUGAACAUUUUGAACUCCGAAGAUUCGGAAGGUAGUGAUGCCUCUACCACUCCAGAAUUUGGUUAUGGUAAGUUCCUUUACGCACAAGACAAGAGAAGCCAGCUGGAAGAACUUGUGCACAAUGCUAUUUCCUCCACUUCAUUUGGUGUUGAUUCUGUCGAGCUCGUGGAGUUGUUGACCAAAUGGUUAGUCUCUUCAAAGAGCGGCUCAGCAACGCAAGCCGACAGUAUCAUCGAGCUAUUGAAAAAAGAUGGCUCGGAGACUGCUGCCAAGCUUCUGGAACUUCAGGAGUAUUUCGACGUGAAAUCCUCCUGGAUUGUGGGGUCUGACUCCUGGUCAUACGAUCUGGGAUCAUCCGGAGUUCACAACGUUUUGGCCUCCGGCAAGAACGUCAACAUGCUCAUCAUUGACAGCACUCCAUUUUCUGACGUUAAAGCCAAUAAGGCUGCUAGCAGAAAGAAGGAUGUUGGUUUGUAUGCCAUGAAUUUCGGUGGCUGUUAUGUGGCCUCCGUUGCUGUCUACUCUUCGUACACGCAGGUCUUGCAGGCAUUCAUAGAGGCUGGUAAGUACGACGGUCCAUCCAUUGUUUUGGCUUAUUUGCCAUACAAGUCUGAAGCAGAUGACUCUCUGGAGGUUUUGAAGGAGACCAAGGUUGCUGUGGACUCCGGUUACUGGCCAUUGUACAGAUAUCAGCCAACCACAUCGGACUUCGCGCUCGACUCGACUGUUAUCAGACGUGAGUUGGAACAGUUUUUGGAACGCGAGAACAAGCUGACGAUGCUCUCUGCCAAGAACCCUGAAUUUUCCAGAAAUUUGAAGUUCUCGCACGCAGAUGAUGUGAAGUCCAAGCAACAGAACGUUGCCCGGGAUGCCUACUCCAAGUUAUUGGAAAGCUUGACUGGAGCUCCAUUGACCAUUGCAUUCGCCUCUGAUGGAGGUAAUGCUGAAUCUUUGGCCAAGAAGCUGGGUAGAAGAGGUGCUUCAAGAGGUCUGAAGACCACUGUGUUGCCUAUGGACGAUCUUACGUUGGAAGACUUUGCUGUCGAAGAGAACGUUGUUUUCAUUACCUCUACAUCUGGCCAAGGUGAGUUCCCACAGAACGGAAAAGCUUUCUGGGACGCAUUGAAGUCGGCCGCAGACUUAGAUCUGACCACCGUGAAAGUGUCUACUUUCGGUCUCGGUGACUCUUUGUACUGGCCAAGAAAGGAAGACAAGCACUAUUACAAUAAGCCUGCAAAGGACCUCUCUGCCAGACUCAGCUUUCUGCAAGCCCAAGAGCUUGCACCACUGGGUUUGGGAGACGACCAAGAUGCAGAUGGAUAUUCCACUGGUUACGAUGCUUGGGAAGCUUUGAUUUGGGAAGCUCUCGGUGUCUCUGGACAAGGAAAUGGUGAUGAACCACCUCCAAUCACGAACGAGGACAUGAAGAUUGCAUCUAAUUUUUUGAGGGGAACUAUUGUACAGGGAUUACAGGACCAAUCUACCGGUGCUAUCAGUGCUUCUGAUCAGCAGAUGACCAAGUUCCACGGUAUUUAUAUGCAAGACGAUCGUGACAUUAGAGAUGAACGCAAGGCUUCAGGCUUGGAGCCAGCAUAUGCUUUCAUGGCCAGAGUCAGAUUGCCUGGUGGUGCGGCCACUCCUAAACAGUGGCUCAAGAUUGACGAGCUGGCUGAUGUGCGCGGUAAUGGAACUUUGAAAAUUACCACUCGUGCCACUUUCCAGCUCCAUGGUCUUGUAAAGCACAACCUGAAAGCUGCAAUUAGAGGUAUGAACUCCGUGCUGAUGGAUACUCUGGGUGCAUGUGGUGACGUUAACCGUAACGUCAUGGUCAGUGCCCUUCCAGGUAAUGCAAAGGUUCAUGCUCAAAUCGCAAAGAGUUCAUAUGUUAUCAGUGAACAUUUGUUGCCCCAGACUACGGCAUAUCAUGAGAUUUGGUUGGAGGGUGCUGAUGAAAACGAUUCGUCCCCCAAGGACUCUCGCGUCUGGGAAAAUAGACCAGAUGGCCCCAAAAAGACCAAAACUCUGGUGUCUGGUAACGCCCUGGUUGAUUAUGAGCCUUUCUACGGACCAACUUACCUCCCACGUAAGUUCAAGGUGGUGAUCACGGUUCCUCCCUAUAACGACGUUGACGUUUACGCGCACGAUGUGGGCUUGGUUGCUAUCGUUGACGAGAAUGAUAUUGUUACCGGCUACAAUGUUCUAGCAGGAGGUGGUAUGGGAACCACUCACAACAACAAGAAGACUUAUCCACGUACAGGUUCCAUGUUGGGUUAUGCACCAAUUGAUCAGGUUCACAUUGUGUGUGAAAAGAUCAUGCUUGUUCAACGUGACAACGGAGACCGUAAGAACAGAAAGCAUGCUAGACUCAAGUACACCAUUGACGAUAUGGGUCAAGAUGUUUUCAAGUCUAAGGUAGAAGAGCUGUGGGGUCAGAAGUUUGCAGAGGCCAAGCCUUUUGAGAUCAAGUCCAACAUUGAUUACUUUGGAUGGGUCAAGGAUGAGUUGAACUUCAACCAUUUCACAUGUUUCAUUGAAAACGGUCGUGUUGAGGAUACCGCAGACCUUCCUCAAAAGACAGGUUUGCGUGAACUAGCCAAAUACAUGGAUGUCAACGGCGGUGAGUUCAGACUGACUGGUAACCAACACUUGGUGAUCUCUAAUAUCACCGAUGAGGACAUCACAGCUGUCAAGGAGAUUCUGUAUAAGUACAAGUUGGAUAACACCAACUUCUCGGCCUUGAGACUUUCUUCUGGAGCUUGUGUUGCGUUUCCAACAUGUGGUUUGGCUAUGGCUGAAUCUGAAAGAUACCUGCCUGUCCUCAUCUCUAAGAUUGAGAAUGCUCUUGAAGAGUACGGUCUAAGACACGACUCCGUUGUCAUGAGAAUGACCGGUUGUCCAAAUGGUUGUGCGAGACCAUGGCUUGCUGAAGUCGCCCUUGUUGGUAAGGCAUACGGAGCUUACAACUUACUGCUCGGUGGUGGUUACCACGGUCAAAGGUUGAACAAGCUGUUUAGGUCUUCCAUCAAAGAAGACGAGAUCCUCGCUAUUCUGAAACCCCUUUUCAAGAGAUGGUCUUUGGAAAGACACGAGGGAGAACACUUUGGUGACUUCUUGAUCAGAGCUGGCGUUAUCAACCCAACCACAGAAGGAAAGUAUUUCCAUGAUGAUGUUCCGGUGGAAGCUUGA